UUUUAUUUUAUGAAACAGAUAUAACUCUGAACUCCCUCCCCAAAACCCUUGGCAAGCGACAGCUUAAACCCUCUUCUCAUUUCCCCACCACCUCUCUUCAACCACCAAGCCUAAUUCCUCUCUUCUCUAAACCCCCAAUUUCAGCAAAAAUGCUACUAAAACCCUAAAACUACCGCCCCAAAUCCGAUUCCUACCAUGCCCUACCCUUACGCCUCCAUUUUUCAAGGUUGUUUCAGAACCACCAUGUCUCUUAAACCCGUUCCUCUCCAAUUCCACAUCCGUCCUUACCACAAGACCCCCAAAAUGUUCAGGCCUUUGCUCUUCACCCCAAUGAGAGCCCAUGUCUCUGCUGGCGGUUCCUUGUAUCUGCGAUCAGUGGUGGCGUGCUCGGCCUCUUCUGGUGCCUGUGCUCGGUCCCUGGAGCUUGAUUGGCGGCAGAGGAAUGUGGCCCUGCCCUAUUUGUUUCAUCAGAAUUCGCGGUAUGGUCGGUUUGCUUAUGAUGAUUUUUCCGAGUAUGACUCCGACCGUGAAGUAGAGUCGGCUCAGCAGCAGCAGAUGCGUGCUUCCACCCAUGAGAACAUUGAUGAGUGGAAAUGGAAAUUAACCAUGCUUAUCCGCAACAAAGAUGAGCAAGAAGUGGUCUCAACAGAGAAAAAGGACAGACGUGAUUUUGAGCAAAUUUCAGCACUGGCAACCAGAAUGGGCUUAUAUAGCUGUCAGUAUUCAAGAGUUGUUGUCUUUAGUAAAGUUCCGCUGCCAAAUUACAGAUCUGAUCUGGAUGAUAAGCGUCCACAGAGGGAGGUGGUGUUACCUUUUGGGUUGCAAAGAGAAGUACAUGCUCAUCUUAAAGAAUACCUUUCUCAAAAGUCUAUGAGCAGGGAAAGUUUUUCAGAUAAGACCUUGUCAAGGUCAAUUGGUAACAGCAGUGUUACUGAGGAGGGAUUUUAUGAGCAACAGGAGCCCUUGACACAGACUAGUGUCGUCAUGGAACGAAUCCUCAAACGGAAAAGUUUGCAAAUACGUAAUCAACAACAAGAUUGGCAGGAAUCUUCAGAAGGCCAAAAGAUGCAAGAGUUUCGCAGAAGUCUCCCUGCAUACAAAGAGAGAGAGGCAUUAUUAAAUGCCAUUUCACAAAAUCAGGUGGUUGUAGUCUCAGGUGAAACUGGUUGUGGUAAGACCACACAACUCCCUCAGUACAUUUUAGAAUCUGAGAUUGAAGCUGCUCGUGGAGCUUUCUGUAGUAUUAUUUGUACUCAGCCUAGACGAAUAUCAGCUAUGUCUGUCUCUGAAAGAGUUGCUGCAGAGAGAGGUGAAAAACUGGGAGAAUCUGUUGGUUAUAAAGUUCGGCUGGAGGGAAUGAAAGGGAGGGACACUCGCCUUCUUUUUUGCACUACUGGCAUAUUAUUGAGAAGAUUACUUGUUGACAGAAAUUUGAAGGGUGUAACUCAUGUUAUCGUCGAUGAGAUUCAUGAACGUGGAAUGAAUGAAGAUUUUCUCCUUAUUGUCCUAAAAGACCUGCUUCCUCGUCGGCCAGAAUUGAGGCUGAUUCUGAUGAGUGCAACUCUUAAUGCUGAGCUUUUUUCCUCCUACUUUGGUGGUGCUCCAAGUAUCCAUAUUCCUGGGUUUACGUACCCAGUACGAACUCAUUUUCUGGAAAAUAUUCUGGAAAUGACUGGAUAUAGAUUGACUCCUUAUAAUCAAAUUGAUGAUUAUGGUCAAGAAAAGGUGUGGAAAAUGCAGAAACAAGCUCUCAGAAAGAGAAAGAGCCAAAUUGCUUCCUCGGUUGAGGAUGCACUUGAAGUUGCUAAUUUUGAUGCAUAUAGCCCACGGACACAAGACUCUUUAUCCUGUUGGAAUCCUGAUUCUAUUGGUUUUAACCUUAUCGAACAUGCUCUUUGCCACAUAGUUAAAAAAGAAAGACCUGGUGCUGUCUUGGUUUUCAUGACUGGUUGGGAUGACAUAAAUUCUUUGAAAGAUCAGCUCGAAGCUCAUCCUCUCUUGGGAGAUCCAAGCAGAGUUUUGCUGCUUGCAUGCCAUGGUUCCAUGGCCAGCUCAGAGCAGAGGUUAAUAUUUGAUAAGCCGGAAGAUGGAGUAAGGAAAAUAGUUCUUGCUACCAACAUGGCUGAGACUAGUAUCACCAUUAAUGAUGUGGUUUUUGUGGUCGAUUGUGGAAAGGCAAAAGAGACGUCAUACGAUGCUCUGAAUAACACUCCUUGUUUACUUCCUUCUUGGAUCUCAAAGGCUUCUGCUCGACAAAGAAGAGGAAGAGCGGGUCGUGUACAACCUGGUGAAUGUUACCAUCUGUAUCCAAAAUGUGUAUAUGAUGCUUUUUCUGAUUACCAAUUGCCAGAACUUCUAAGGACACCUUUACAGUCCCUUUGUUUGCAAAUCAAGAGUUUGCAACUUGGAAGUAUUUCAGAAUUCCUGGCCAGGGCCUUGCAGCCACCAGAACCCUUAUCGGUUCAAAAUGCCAUCGAGUAUUUGAAGACCAUUGGGGCUUUAGAUGAGAAUGAGAAUUUGACAGUGUUAGGACGCAACUUGUCAAUGCUUCCGGUUGAGCCCAAACUUGGGAAAAUGCUCAUAUUUGGUUCUCUUUUCAACUGUCUGAAUCCAAUAAUGACUGUUGUUGCUGGUCUUAGUGUUAGAGAUCCGUUCUUGAUGCCAUUUGACAAGAAGGAUCUUGCAGAAUCAGCAAAAGCUCUUUUCUCAGGCCGCACCUUCAGUGACCAUCUUGCACUUGUCCAAGCCUAUGAGGGCUGGAAAGAGGCUGAAAGACAGCAAUCUGGAUACGAGUACUGUUGGAGAAAUUUCCUUUCUGCACAAACUCUAAAAGCUAUUGAUUCCCUUCGAAGGCAAUUCUUUUAUUUGCUCAAGGAUGCUGGUCUGGUUGAAAACAACACAGAAGCAUGCAAUAAGUGGAGCCAUGAUGAGCAUCUCAUUCGAGCAGUCAUUUGUGCAGGCCUGUUCCCUGGGAUAUGCUCUGUUGUUAACAAGGAAAAAUCAAUAUCAUUGAAAACGAUGGAGGAUGGUCAAGUUCUUCUGUACUCGAAUUCGGUGAAUGCCCGGGAACCUAAAAUUCCAUACCCGUGGUUAGUUUUCAAUGAAAAGGUGAAGGUGAAUUCAGUUUUCCUCCGUGAUUCCACUGCUGUAUCUGAUUCUAUGCUUCUUUUAUUUGGAGGACGUAUUUCCAGAGGGGGAAUUGAUGGACACCUGAAAAUGUUGGGAGGAUAUUUGGAGUUCUUCAUGAAACCUGACUUAGCAGAUACAUAUCUGAGCCUCAAGAAAGAGCUUGAAGAACUAAUUCAACAGAAACUUCUGAAUCCAACACUGGAUGUACACACCAAUAAUGAGCUGCUAUCUGCAGUAAGAUUACUGGUUUCAGAGGAUGAAUGCAAUGGCAGGUUUGUCUUUGGCCGCCAGUUGCCUAAGUCUUCAAAACAGGCGAUAAAAGAGACCUCGGCUGGUGCACUCUUGAGAAGUGGUGGAGCUGGGGGUGAUAAUGCAAAGGGUAGGCUGCAAACUGUACUUAUCAGGGGUGGACAUCAGGCACCAGUCUACAAGACGAGACAACUGAAAAAUAACAUGUUCCGGUCCACUGUGAUCUUCAACGGAUUGCAGUUUGCGGGGCAGCCUUGCAGCAGUAAGAAACUUGCGGAAAAGGAUGCAGCAGCCAAAGCUCUGGAAUGGUUGAUGGGCGAGAGACAAUCAUCCACUGAAGACAUUGACCAUAUGUCAAUGCUUCUAAAAAAGAGCAAAGGGAAACGUCGGAAGAGAACUUAAAUUCAUCUUACUAAGUUGGUCAUAAACUGCCCAUGAUAGGUGAAGGUUAAAAUGGUCAUUUAUUAUUUUUCAAGGGGGAAGAGCUGAGUUCCUAGUCCAAACUGAAACAAAUGAUGGACUAGGUGGUGGACCUUAAUCUUUCUGGCCAUGACAUUGUUACCUCACAGGAAGUUGCAGUUCCAAGAGUCAAUGACAGAUCUUGUCAUUUUUAACCCCUGCUUUUUUACAUGGGUGAUAGAUAAAAUUCCACAGAAGCAGAAGCUUGAUUUUCUACCAAGGCUUACUAAAGAUACAGAAUUAGGAUUAUUUUUCACACAAAGGUGCUGUCCAUCUCAGCUCAAAGAUCACUUUGAUCCAAACUUAUUGUUGUAUCGGGUGGCCACCAUCACUUUAGUAUCAAUUAGAGAUAGAAUUCUUAUCAAAGAAGUAGAAACAAUAAGAAUUAUCUGUAAAGCGAGGACACAUAGCUAUCCAUUUCUUCUCUCUCAGUUUUGUAAAUUGCUCUUGUUUGAAUCUGAAGAUUUGGUGCAUUUGCAGGUUCCUGCCCAAGCAUACAAUGGAUAUAAGCUAGACAAUUCUAUGACCCAAA